AUGUAAUAAGCACAUAAUUCAAUAUACUAAUUGAAAAUUGUAAACACUGAAACUAGAUCUGACAUUGUUUAUUAUCAAAUAUAAGUAUGAUAUAGAAUAAUAUUUUAAGGUUUUAAAUACAUAAACAAAAGUAUCAUGGAGCUUUGAAGAAAGAUAUAAAAAUAUGAAUAAUUUACACACUUAAUUGUCUUAAGAAAUAAAAUAACAGCUUCCUUAUUUUCCAGCAAAGAAAUUUUUCGGAAAUACAGAUCCUGAAUUUAUUUCAACGAGAAAGGCUGGAUUAUAGAACUAUUUUAAGACAUUGCUUCAAAUAGUAGAUGUUGAUUAAUGUCCAACUUUAAAGAAAUUUUUGACUAAAGGAGAACAAAAACAUAUAAAAGAUUAACCACAACCUUUUAAAGAAGAUUCUAUUAAGUAAAAAGAUGUAAUAGGAAAUGCAUCAACAAUAGAAAAAAUCCAAUAGCAAAAAUAAUUAGAGAAUGAAAGGAUAAAGAAAGAAUUAAAGGAUAAAUUGGCAGCUGCAACUUAAUAAAUAAAAUCAAAAUUUGUUGACUUAGGUAAUUUAGUAAAUGCUCCAGAAGAACAUGAUAUAAAGAAAAAGAGAGCAUUUUAUGAUUAAAUUCGUAUAGAACCUAAAGUAAGGAAUAUUUGUAAUAGAAUAGAAUAUAUAAUUGAAUAUAGAUAUACCAAAAGCAAAUCCAUAAGCAAAAAUGAUUAUUGCGCAAUCAACAAUUGAGCAAACUUAACCAAAAUUAAUUUAAUUGAUUUCAUAAUUACAAGCUGGUGUAGAAAAUAUAAUUGAAAUUUGAGUAUUUAAAUAAGAACA